AUGAGCUCGCACAACCAUAAUCUCUAUGACGAGCCCAUAAAGGCUACUUCAGAAUCAGCAGAGUGGAUAUUUUUUGCCACUAUCCUUGGCCUACAGAUGUUGUCAGCUGCUUGUGAUCAGGCUUCCUCCCCAAGAAAAUCCCACUAUGCACUGUUCGGUAUGCUGUUGGCUAUUGCAGCUGUGCUCAUUUCCAUCUGGGAGCUAACUUACAGAGGUAAAAAGGAAAGAGUUGUGUUGAGGAGAUGGGGAAUGCUCUGGUGGUUUUAUCAUCCACCUCCUCGUAAUACGCUUUUUGGUACUCUUCCUGACAUUUAUGGAUUAGUUGCUGGCAUCUCACAGUGCAUUUUCUGUAUAGUUCAGUAUGUUUACUGCCUUCGGCAUGUUGAUAAUCCUUUCAAAGCAUCCCUUUUGCCUGCCAUAUUUCUUCUGUGUUUAGGUGGUUCAAAACUAAGUAAUAACCGAAUGAACGCCAAUACCACUGAUAACAACAUCUUGACAAAGCCUUUGGAUAGUCAGACUAUUCAUGUUCAAGAUAACAAGGACUCCAUGGAAAAUUCUUCAAGCACAGAAGAAACUUCUAAGCAUGCAACCACGAAGUAUUAUGCACCUACAAAUAUACCAUCUCUGGAUGAUCAGGAGGGAGAGGUUGAGGGCAACAUAGUUGGUUGCCGACGAGUGGCUAGCCGGGAGGUGUUGGCUGGUGAUGGGCACGUCGGUGGUGGCUGGGAUGAGGCGAUGGCUAAGCAGGUGCAGGAAUGGCAACAAUGGCGGCGGCGAUUGCAAUGGCGCACACGUGGACAUUUGAUAUAA